UAGUUUGGAAAAGUCGCCCUUUUCGUGUUUUGACUUUCUCAGGUUUUGAAUAUCCUCUAAAGUCUAACCCCCACGCAUAUAUAAUCUAACCCGCUGAGUUUCUCAUCCUCAAAAUCGCCUUCAGAGUUCAUACCGAUUCACAACUAAAUCUUCAACAGCUCCAACUGGUGACCUACUUUCAAUCCAAUUCUCAACUUGUUUUUAAACAAACUUAAGGUUUUUAUUGUCUGGUUGUUCUUGAAAUCUUGGUUUCUAAAGCUUCUUGGAUUUGUUUUUAAAAUGGAAGAAAUUGAUGUUCCUCCAUUUUUUAUCUGCCCCAUCUCUCUUGAGAUUAUGAAGGAUCCUGUUACAGUUUCAACAGGGAUUUCGUACGACAGGGAGAGCAUUGAGAAAUGGUUGUUUUCAGGGAAGAACACCACAUGUCCGGUUACGAAGCAAGUUAUUGCAGAUUGUGAACUUACCCCAAAUCAUACCCUGAGAAGAUUGAUUCAAUCUUGGUGCAUGUUAAACGCUUCCCGUGGAAUCGAAAGAAUCCCAACGCCAAAGCCACCCAUCAGCAAAGCUCAGAUAACCAAGCUCCUCAAUGAUGCCAAGUCACCACAGCAACAGAUGAAAUGUCUCAGGAGACUGCAAUCAAUCGCUUCUGAGAAUGCUACAAACAAAAGGUGCAUGGAGUCUUCAGGAGCAGUUGAGUUCUUGGUUUCAAUUGUGAGUUAUUACGACUCUACAGCAGCUGAAGAAUCAUCAGAUAACGAGUUUGAGACAAUAAGACCAACACCAACUGAUGAGGCUUUAAGCAUUCUCUACAAUCUACAACUCUCAGAAGCCGCUCUCAAGAAUCUUAUGGGAAAAAAUGGUGAUUUCGUAGUGUCCUUAACGAGAGUAAUGCAACAUGGAAGAUACGAGUCUCGGGCUUAUGCAGUACUGUUGUUGAAAUCAAUACUGGAGAUAGCUGAUCCGGCGCUACUCAUCAGCUUGAGACCUGAACUAUUCGUAGAAUUGAUUCAAGUUUUGCAUGAUCAAAUUUCUCAGCAGGCCUCAAAAGCUACUCUACGAUUGCUGGUCAGUAUUUGUCCAUGGGGAAGAAACAAGAUUAAGGCAGCUGAAGCCGGAGUAGUACCUGUCUUGAUUGACUUGCUUCUUGAUUCAUCAGACAGAAGGGCUUGUGAGAUGAUACUCACAGUGCUGGAUGCAGUAUGUGGAUGUGCCGAAGGCCGAUCCGAGCUGCUAAGACAUGGAGCAGGGCUUGCUAUUGUUUCAAAGAAGAUACUUAGGGUUUCUCAGGUUGCAAGUGAAAGGGCAGUGAGAAUUUUGCUGUCUAUUUCCAAGUUCUGUGCCACAACUACUGUGCUUCAAGAGAUGCUGCAAUUAGGGGUUGUGGCUAAAUUGUGCUUGGUGCUUCAAGUGGAUUGUGGAUUCAAGACUAAAGAGAGGGCCAGAGAGGUGCUCAAAUUGCAUGCUAGAGUAUGGAAAAAUUCUCCUUGCACACCAAGCAAUCUGGUCUCUUAUUAUCCAGCUUGAGAAGAACAAAAACAAGAGCGAUUCAAGUCACAAAAGUUUUCAUUUUUUUUUCUUUUUGUCAAUUACCAAUACUUAUGUACAUCAUUGUUCAUUGAUAAAAUUAUAUAGCAAAAGCAAC